UAAAUUUCUACCCCGACAGUUGGUGCAGUGAGAUAAUCUCUGUUAUCUUUGUUGAUAUAAGAUGACAGAUUGUUAACCCAUAUCCAUCGAAUAAUUUGUCCAGAUUUAGAUUCCUAUACGUCUAUUCCUCAGACUGUAACAUGGUUGACAAGAUAGCUGUGUUAGGGGUGGUAGUGGCAACUUCAGCCGUAGCAUUUCCAUACUUGACUGCACUUCUUAUCAACUUGUCCAAUGGCUGGCCCCAAGUCAAACACAAGUAUCGAAGGGCUUUCAAUCCAAAGAAGGUUUACGCUCUAAACUUUGCUGUGAUCCAGAAACUUGUUAUAAUGGUUCGAUAUGCCUCCUUAUACUUUCACUGGAAGAUAUAUUACAAGUCGGCAACCACUAAUGAAAUAAUGAAGGACAGACUGUUUGGAAGAAAUGGACAGAGGCUGGACCUUUACUUCCCACACCAGGUUGGAGCUGGGGAUUCCGGGCCACGGCCAGUAGUUGUGUUCAUGUACGGUGGAGCAUGGGGGUCAGGUGGCAAGAAGAUGUAUGGUCUCCUGUGUUCACAGAUCGCAAACAAGCUGGGUGUUGUAGUAUGCUGUCCUGACCAUUCAACAUACCCUAAGGGUUAUGUAGAUGACAUGGUACAGGAUGUUAUAGACACACUGAUGUGGCUUCACCAGAAUGUGGAACACUACAAUGGAGACAAGUCACAGAUAAUGCUGGUUGGCCAUUCAUCAGGAGCCCAUCUAUGUGCGCUGUCCUUGUUUGAGUUGCUUCAAAACCAGUCAACCAAUCAGGCCUCAAGUCAACCUGCCACGCCCCCUGUGAUUCAGUUCAGUGAUCAACACUUCAACGGCAAUUCUGACAAUGAGGAUAAGCACAGUUCAGCAUCUUCAGGGUCAUUUCUAGUCUUGGGAAGUCAUAGUAGCAGUAGUGUAAAUGAUAAUGGACAAAAUGGACAGAGUCGAAGCACCAGUUUAAGUACGAGCCCAGUAUUAACGGCAAGCAAGUUUGAGAUUCUUGAGACCCAGAAAUCAGAGACGGAGAUGUCAGAGGUCUCGAUGUUGGAGUCAGAGCUGCUUGAGUUGACACAGUCUACAGCAGGUACUCUCAGAUACAGGAGAACAAGUCCAGAGGGUAGGGAGAGUCCAGAGAGCUCUGCAUACAGUGAACCCCUACUGUCAGAGGAAGUAACAGUGACAGGGGAAGUAACUGUGAGUGAGGAGUCGGAUGAUGACUCUGUGGUGACUGUGACCCUGGUAGAGGGAGGGGAAACUGAACCCGCACUCAGAGAACUGGCAAAGGCUGUUAAAGGAUUUGUUGGUAUAGCAGGGGUAUACCAUAUAGGGGACCACUUCCAGCAUGAGAGUAGUCGAGGUGUGGAAGACGUGUCCACAAUGACUCGUGCAAUGAGGGGUAAUGCCAACUUUGACAGGUACUCGCCCACGUGCAUCGCUCGACAACACCAACCAACGCUCAAGUAUCCAAAGACCAUUCUUCUGCAUGGCACAGAUGACUAUGUGGUUCCAAUAACCUCGACAACAAAAUUCGACACGGAACUCAAGCGCCUUGGUGUUGAUUGUAUGGUUCGAAUUAUCCCUAGCUGUGAUCAUUACGAAAUAGCCAUGGACCUGAUGAAACCAAAUAGGAAGUUUUAUACUCCUGUGAUGACAAUUCUUGAAGAGACGGCUAAAGACGUGUUCAGUUGAUGUUAGCGAAUACUUUUGUUGAAUAAGUUGUAGGUGCAUUAAUUAUGUGAUAUUUAUACACUUAUGUUCAGGGACAGAAUUAGCAUUUAUUUUUAGUGAUUGUUAAUUUUGUCGAAUUAUGUUUUGUUUUACACAAUUUUGAACAAAUUAAUUUGUUUAGUUUACAAAAUUAUAGGCAUUUUACUUGUGUACACAAUUAUUGUAUUGUUAUUUGUUAAUUGAUGUCACCCAGAUUUAGUUUUAAAUAAAUAAGAAUAAUGUAUAACCAAGAAACAUUCCAUUUUCUUACCAUACCAAAUUUGUUCAUUAAGGGAGAGAACUGCUCGAAUGUAUUUUUUCCUGAAAAUUAUCAAGUCCUAAGCAUUCUAUUUAUUUUCUCUAUACUACCUGUGUUACUUUUUCUUUGAAUUUUGAACUUGCUUUUUGUUUCUUAUUGGUAUCAACGAAGACCAAAUGUUAUCUCUAAAUUGCAAUAACUGUUUAUACAGUGUGUAUAAUAUGGUACAGCUGACAUGGCACACAAUCAGAUAAAGACUGCUCUUGAUAGUUAGCUACAUUGCUUAGCAAUAGAAUAUAUUGAUCGGAGUCCACACGCAUUUGUGUGUCCAAAGGUAUCGCAUCGCUUGGGAAUGUUUCCAUUGGUUGAACAGAUAUGAAUGUUGUGUGUCCAAAGGUAUCGCAUCGCUUGGGAAUGUUUCCAUUGGUUGAACAGAUAUGAAUGUUGUGUGUCCAAAGGUAUCGCAUCGCUUGGGAAUGUUUCCAUUGGUUGAACAGAUAUGAAUGUUUAUAUCAGAGCAGUUCAGCAUCAUGUCAAUUGCGUUAUAUCAAAAAUUCAACAUAUCGAUAUCCAGUGAUCACACUUAUCAUUUAUGAUAUAUUAAGCUGAAUUUCACAAUUAAAUGAGGGUCCAAUUGAAAUACUUUCAUGUUUUGUUCUUUUUAUUCCUUAAUUGUGAUAUUUAAUGAGAUAAAUAUUUUGCAAGAACCCAACGCAGUGUGGUCCUGGUGUCCCUUAAAAAUGUUCACUUCAUGGGUGAGACUGCGAGAGGUGCACGCCCAAUUACCAUGAGACCACUUUUAGCGUGUGACAUUAACACCAUUAAU